AUGAGCCUCUUCUCCGUGCGCAUUCUUUCCGGCUUGGUCCGGGUGGGUUGGGUCGCGGACGAGGCCUCUGCAGACGCUGUGGGAACCGACGAGACCAGCUUUGGCUUCGGAGGGACAGGGAAGAAAUCCCACGCCAAUGUGUUCGACUCCUUCGGCGAUUCUGGGCUUUCUCGCAAUUCUUUCUCCUAUGUGUUUGCUACCAGUCUUUUCGUUGUCCUUGUCCACAGACAUUGGCUGGGGGGGCAGCUGUCGGAGCCUGAAGCACCUAGGACACUUUUGGAAGUGGCGAUGUGA